UGGCAUUCGAAUAGAGAACCUGGAUUGCCCCCUUGGGAAUGAAAAUAUGACUGUUAUUUAUGAAACUGCCGACCACGGAAGCCUUCAAACACCUCCUGUAAUCUUUAAGGAAACGCCGGAAGGACCUCAAUUAGCAGUUGAAGUAGUGUCUAUAAGGAUCAGCGAUGUAGGAUCCUGGCGAAAAAUGAGCAGGCAACUGAGUGCGGCUGCUGCAGUAUUCUUUCUUUUCGUCUACGCGGGCAUGGACUUGGCCCACAGUUCCGGAUGGAAUCAGACCUUGAACGUCAGUGCCUCCCAGCAGUUCGAGUGCAGUUGGUUCAUCGGAGUGCUAGCAGGAGCUGCAAUAUCCUCCAUGGCCAUGUCCUUUAUACCCAAGCUGCCGUUCUACGUUCUCGGAGCUUUAAUGCAACUGGCUGGAGCCAUUAUGUACGCCACAGCUCCCUACAAUUACUCGGUUCUUCUGGCAGCUCGAUAUGUGGCUGGGAUUGGAGUUGGCCUGAUCACAGUGCCCUUUAUCAUUCACAGCGCCGAGGUGGCGUCGGACAACUAUCGCGGGAUCAGCGGCUCAAUGGAGCAGUGCGGACUGGCCCUGGGAAUCGCCAUUCAGGUGAUCGUCGACUCGCAGUAUGUGGACGACAGAGACGCAUCCGUCAAUCAAAUUCACGGGAUUCUGGGAAUCGUACUCUGCCUCCUGGGAUUGGUCCUGACGAGUCUCUCCAUUGAGUCACCCAUCUUCCACAUAAGACGCAACCAGGAAGAGACGGCCCGCCGAUGUCAGGAGAAGAUCCUCGGAAACUUUAUCUACAACGUUGAUGUGGCUUUCGAAGAGGCCAAGGGCUAUGUCCAAGACAGUAAGCAGCUGACCUUUUGCCAGGCUUCUCAGAUGCCACUGGUGAAGGUCCUGAUAUAUCGCGGCUUUGUGGCCUUCUCAUUCUCCCUGCCGCUUACCACCUCACUGAUCUCGAGCUCCCUGCUAACAGAGGGCUACAUCGGCUCCUGGCCGGUGACUGUGUGGGGUCUGGUGCGCCUGCUGGGCACCCUUGUGGCCCAGGCAUUCCUCGAGAGGCUGGGCCGGAAGCUCUUCUCCCUCGUGGCGCUCUUCUGCAUGGGCAGCCUGAUCCUGAGCAUGGCCUUCAUGUACGAGGAUAGCAACAACGUGCGGAGCUACUACGACAUGCUGCAGAUUCGGAGCCUGGGAGUGGCGAUCCAGGCCUUCGCCGGCCUCUUCGUCUGCAGCUCGCCGGUCUAUCUCGGCGAGGCCUUCCCGCUGCGGGUGAAGCCCCUCCUCGUGGGCUAUGUGGUCGGCUUCGAGCAGACAGUCCACAUUAUAAACAUUAUUGGAUACAGGCGGGCAUCCUCGGCUUUCUUCUACCACUACUAUCUGUCUGUGGGGAUCAUCCUGCUGCUGGGAGUGAUUCUCUUCGUCGUCGUAAUGCCGGAGACGAAAAGACUGACCCUUCGAGAGGCCGGCAGGAGGAUCCAACGGUGGCACAACUUGAGAUGCUUUUAGUUUAUUUCCCCAACGAAUAAAAACAUUCUACAAGGCCAAAAUUUGUCAGAGGCAGAUAGCGUUUAUCUUAUCCCCACAUAUUUU